CCAGCCCAAGGCAGCCGCCCCAGACAGAGGAAGAGUAACUCUGGAAACGGUGUUAUCAGCAUCCUCCAUGGACUUCCUCACCUCCUCCCCUGCCCUGUUAGCCCCAAGCUCCUUAGCAUCCUCAAACAGAAAUUGGGGAAGCUGGGAUGGGGUCAGCGCCCUGAAGCCAGCCCCCUCUCUUUUGCCAAGACCCACCUCUGUGCAGCCCUGAGUGGGCAGCUGAAGCCUGCAGCGGGGAAUCCUGAGCAGGAGAUGGAGCCCCAGCUGGGGCCUAAGGCUGCCGGCCUCGGCCCAGGCCGGCCCGUGCUGCUGCUGUGGGUCUCAGCCCUGAGCUGUUCUCUUUCCUCGCUGGCUUCUCCCUCUCCUUCUCUGGUGCCCCGAAGCAGAACCAGCUACAAUUUUGGAAGGACUUUCCUCGGUCUUGAUAAAUGCAAUGCCUGCAUCGGGACAUCAAUUUGCAAGAAGUUCUUUAAAGAAGAAAUAAGGUUUGACAGCUGGCUGGCCUCCCCCCUUGGACUGCCUCCCGACUACUUGCCUUCUUACCCUGCAAAUUACUCAGAUGAUUCCAAAACCUGGCGCCCCGUGGAGGUCUCCAGGCUGGUCAGCAAACAGCAAAGUGACAUCUCAGACAGGAGAAUCUGCGCCUCUGCAGCAGCCCCAAAGACCUGCAGCAUCGAGCGCAUCCUGCGGAAAACCAGGAGGUUCCAGAAAUGGCUGCAGGCCAAGCGCCUCACACCGGACCUGGUGCAGGGCCUGCCCAGCCCCUUCCUGCGCUGCCCGUCGCAGCGACUCCUGGACCGUGUGGUCCGGCGCUAUGCUGAGGUGGCCGACGCCGGCAGCAUCUUCAUGGACCACUUCACUGACCGCGACAAGCUGCGUCUGCUCUACACCCUGGCUGUCAAUGCUCAUCCCAUCCUCCUGCAGAUCUUCCCGGGCGCCGAGGGCUGGCCGCUGCCCAAGUACCUGGGCUCCUGCGGCCGACUGGCGGUCAGCACCAGCACCAGCCCGCUGCGGGACUUCUACGGCGCGGCCCCGGACCAGGCGGCCGACCUGGCCUACCAGCUCCUCGGUGUCCUCGAGUCCCUGAGGAGCAAUGACUUGAACUACUUCUUCUACUUCACCCACGUCGACGCGGGCACGUUUGGCAUCUUUAACAACGGGCAUCUGUUCAUCCGGGAUGCCAGCGCCUUGGGCGUCAUCGACAAGCAGGAAGGCAGCCCGGCAGCCGCUGGGGCAGGAGAGAGUAAAGACAUCUUCAGCUGCCUGCUUUCGGGCUGCCAGGCUGAGCUGCCCUCCUGCUACACCAUCCCGGAGAAGCAGAGCUUGGUGCUCGUGUGUCGGCAGCUGCUACCUCGACUCCUCCUGGGGAAGUUCCCCUCCCCGGUGCAGGAGGAGAUAGACAGGGCACUUGCCCAGUGUGGGGAGGGCGCCCACCCCGACCCCGAAGUGCUCAGGGCCGCCAGCCGGCUGAAGGACAUCUUGAGGCCCCUGAGAACCUGUGACCCCAGAUUCGCCUACCGCUACCCAGACUGCAAGUAUAAUGAUAAGUUCUGAGCGGCUGGAGCCUUGCCGGCCUCCGGGGACAACGUCCCUGGCCCUCCCUUGCCCAGGCGGGUCGCUGCAAGGUUGAAAGAAGCAGCUCCGUCCUGGGACAUUCAGAGAGAGGCACCUUCAUUUCCCGGGAAUGAAGGAACACUCUGACGACCAGAGGGGAGUCGUGCCGCACAGCACGGUUGCCCCUGCUGGCUACAGCGUCACGGAGAAGCCCCGGGCUGGGUCGGAGAAGACCCGACCGCAGACAGUCACUGGAUCUCGCUGAGCCUCAGUGUCCUCUGUUCUCCACCAGACUCUUGAGUUACUGAAAGAAGACAGGGAUGUGAAGGGCCAGGGACAUGGGCAGGUGGUUACAGAGAGUGUUCCAGAAACACGCGCAGGCAGGACACAUGGGACAGAGCCGUGGAGGUGGAGGCUGACAUGGAGGGAAGGCAGGGGGAAGGUGAGGCCCCUGGCCAGGACCGUGUCGGGCUCAAACAUGAGGGGCCCCCUUCUUGCUCCCUGGGCCCUCGCACUAGCCCUCCCGCCAUGCUGCCCACACUGCCACGGAGUGAGGAGACGGCAGGCUAAAGAAACACGUGGAUAGGUGCACAGUCUGGGUGCCUGGGGUCCCGGGUGCUCCUGUGAGGCACCUCGUGGCGUGAGAAGGAGCCCCGGCUGAGAACAGAUGAGCAGUGGGCGGGGGGCCAAUGUGUUCGUCCGGGACCUCUGAGAAGCAGGUGUCAGGACGAGGGUGAAUUGGGCAAGGAUCGUAUUAAAGAAGAUCGCUGCAUAGGAGGGAAGAAGGCGGUGUUGCCAGUCUGAGCCCAAGGGAGGCAGAGAAGGUCAGCAGAGGCAUUCUAAGAGUGGCAUUGGUGCUAUAUCUAAAGGAAGGUUCCACAGGGCCCUGCUGCCCUCAGUCGUUGGCAGGGAAGAGCCUGUGGGAAGCGUGCCCUUGGCCUCCCCGCAGAGACGACGUUGAGAGCGCAGCACAGGGCCGGCGGCCAGCUCUGCUCCCUGGAGCCGGAGGCCCAAGCAGGACACGCCAGCUACAGCCGGGGCCCCAGGCCAGCUCUGUCCUCACCGCGGCCUGCAGUGUAGCAGUCGAAGGAGUCUGAGAAUUUUCCUUGAACUCGGCCUUACGGGUCAUUGCAACAGUAUUUUUCAAGGUCAGCCAACAGAACGUAUUCUAUUCAACAGUGUGUUAGUUUGCUUUAUACCUUUGAAAUAUUUAGUCACAUGGUA